AUGUCAGAACCUUCGUCUCCAAGCAAGAACUCGCUGACCGGUUGGUGGAAACACAUCAAAAAGGGCGAGUCGGAGCUGAGCUCGCCUCCUCCUCUGCCAAUGAACGGUCAAAGUCUCAGCUCCACAUCAGGGUUUUCUGCGGAGUCCAAGUCUAUUUCAUCUCCCACCCCGCAAUACCGCGCGAAUUCGCCAUCUUUGCUCUCACCCUUGGCUUCACCGACGAGACCCUUCCUAGGUUACAAGUCGCGCUCGUCCCACAACGUGAGACCGCUGUCACCAUUCCAGGACAACGGGUCGCAAGAGAAACUAAAACAACACCGAGAUUCUUUCAUUCAACAGCGACAAAUGGACUAUAUUGGCGACUCGUCGAUAUUCGGUUGCCCUAUCGAGGAGUCAAUCAAGGUUGCUGAGGCAAAAAUAUACAUCAGCAGUGACCGCGAUGGACUAAUACGCUACGGCCGAAUUCCCAGAGUGGUGGCACUAUGUGGAUCGUUUCUGAAGAAGAACGGACUUGAGGUUGAAGGGAUAUUCAGAGUCGCAGGCUCGACCAAGAGAAUCAAACAGCUGCAAUUGAUAUUCUCGUCACCGCCUACUUAUGGAUCUAAAAUUGACUGGGAUGGAUAUACAGUUCAUGACGCUGCGUCAUUGUUUAGGAGAUUCCUUGGCUCGCUCCCAGAGCCGCUUAUACCGCUCUCCAUGUACGACAAAUUUAGGGAGCCCCUUCGCUCACGUCCCAAUAUCGUCCGCUUCCUCAAAGAGAAGGAGAAAAAGAUGAGCGAUCUCAGCGGCUUGUCUUCGUGCAAAGAGGCGCAGAACCAAGAACAGGAGCAGCUCACCGACGACGAGAUAAAGCUUCGCAAAAGGAAUAAAAAGGAAAAGAUAAAAAAAGAGCGCAAAGAGGCGCUGAAAGACUACGCGAGACUAAUAGAACAGUUGCCUGAGCUGCAACGACAGCUGCUCUUCUACAUCUUGGACCUUCUGGCCAUUUUUAAUGCACAUUGCGACAAAAACCUCAUGCCUGCCAAAAAUCUAGCUGCCAUUUUUCAGCCCUCGGUUUUGUCUCACUCAGACCACGAUAUGUCGCCCGAAGAAUACGCUCUCUCGUCGCUGGUUAUUGAAUUCAUGAUUGAAUACUCGUACAAAAUUUUGCCAGCUGCUCAAAAAGUUUCCAGAAAAGAUUCUGCACUUGACUCUCCUGCUUCCCCCACAACAAUUGAGCAGACAAGUUCCAAACUUCCCGCUCCAACUGCAUUGCUGCCUCCACCAACCACAAAGUUCACCAGAAAACAUAGCAAGAGUUUAUCCUCUGUCCAAUCUCCGUCCGACAUGCUUCGCGUGAACAACAGUAAGUCCAAAUUGGAGCACACCCAAACGAAUACUACAGACGAAGUUGACUCGGCAGUGGAAUCGGCAGUGGAUACGGACGAUGAGACACGCCCGCUUGCUCAAAGGCUAUCUGUUUCGUCGAUCGGGUCUCAAAAAAUGCGUUCAUCGUUCUCAUCAACCUCAAAAACAUCACCCUCUGAAGUCAAAGCAGAGAGUCCACUGAAAGCUGAAGCUUCUGUUCCUAAAACGGAGCUCAAGCCUCCAGUGCUCAAAAUUGGUGCGUAUGAGUCCACUUCGCUUUCUUCUUCGACAAGCCAAAUGGGAACAACGAUCAAACUACCAAACUAUCCAGGCUCUCCGAAAAACAUACCAUCGUCGAUCGACGAUAACCUGAGCUCCGUCCAGGGCCCCCCAGAUGACGAACGGGAAACCAGGUCUGAGGAGGAUCCAAAUGGCGCUAAUGGGGAGAAGCUCUCUUGGUUCAAAAGAUUACGAUCAAGGUCCACUUCCAAGUCUAGAAAAUAA